AUGAUACGUUCAAUUUUAACGAAUAUUUUGACUAAAUUUAAUACAAAAUCUAAAAUAUCCAAACUUAUUAUUUCAUCUCAUAAAUAUGCUGCUGCUGCUUCAUCAAGAACUAUAUCAUCAAAUGUAUCAUCAUCGUCAUCCACAACGACGAUAAGAAUAUUUGAAGAUGUUCCCAUAAAUUCCGAAAUAUUUAAAUAUAAAAGAUUAAGAGCUCCCGAAAUAUUUAAAGAAACAUGCCCUCCCAAAUCAUCAUUAAUGUUGGUUCGAGAUUUUAUUGAUGAUUCAUUGUAUAAUCCAAAUUAUGGAUAUUUUUCUAAGAAUGCCAUCAUCUUUUCACUAGAAAAAGAUUUUGAGUUUAAUGAAAUCAAAGAUAAUUUAGAAUUUGGGAAUUUGGUUUGGCAUACUCCGACUGAAUUAUUUAAGAAUAUUUUUGAUUGGAAUGAAGUGAUACCUGAUCAUUGUUUCUUUUUGGCUUGUGAAGAUAAUUUUGCGCACGACUUAAUUCGAUAUGAUACAAUGACAGAAAAGCCAUAUCAAGCGGUAGUAAUAACAAAUGAUAAAGGUGAUUUUGAUGAAUUAUAUGAACCAGCUGCGGAUCCAUUAAUUUCUCGAUAUUUGAAAUUACGAAAUCAAACCAUGUAUAAAUCUCCAGCUUUACAAAAUCGAUUUCUUCGUCAAAUUCGUAACAAACUUCCAUUUGCACCUAAUUUAACUCAAUCCGAAUUUAUUCCUACCAAAAUGUCAUCAUUCUUAGAAAUUUUAAGAGAUUAUUUUCCUUACCAUAGAUUAAUCAUUUCAGAUUUUUAUAAACUUCCUGAUACAAUUAAAGGUAUAGAUGCUCCGGUGGUACAAACCAGACAUCAACAAACAAUGAUACCUUGUUCAACUUUUAUGGUAUCUCCUGGUUGGUUUGAUAUAUUUUUUCCUACUAAUUUUGAAUUAUUAAGAGAUAUUUAUCAAUUAGUUUGUAGAUCUUGCCAUUCUGAAGGGAAAAUAAGAGUAUUAAGUCAAAAAGAAUUUCUAAAGAGAUAUGCUGAUCUUGAAAGAACUAAAACUAAAAGUGGCGAAAUACCUUUAUUAUUGUAUUAUGAAAAUGUCAAAUUUUUGUUAAGUUAA